AUGGGUAAUAACGGCUCAAAACCUGGAGCUCCAUUGACCAGGACAGAUACUGCUGGAUCUUCUAAAUCAUCCAGAUCAGUCCGAUCGAGAAUAUCAAUACUGAAGGAAGAUCAAUCGGCUAGUGACUCACCUAAACUAACUCCUAAGUCUCCCAAAGUAUUAUCUCGGAAGAACUCCAGUGUGGAUAUAAAUAGUAUACCGAAUAAUAAUAAUAAUAAUAAUAAUAAUAAUAGCAGUUCAAAUAAUAAUAACGGAGGAACCAUUCUCAGUAACAGUCAUUCCAAUUUAUCAUCUUCCCAUAUUGCAUUACCUCCAUCUAUGAUGCAGGUUGAGCCUAAAGAACCUAUCUUAUUAAGAAGGAAUACAAACGAUACCCUUGAUACUCCUAUAUCCAUUCAUAAUAAUCCUAUGUCUAGAACAUCAACUAAUCAUUCAACUAGUCAUAUUAAUGCUUUAUCACCACAAUCAACCACUAUGAAUUCUUCAGCUCGUAACAGCAUAAUCGGUGAUGAUACUAAAAGUAUUCAUAGUCAAAGUAAUAGUAUAAAUAGUGAUGUUGAAGAUUUAGAUCUAGAAGGUUUAACUAUAAAUGAUAUGAAUGGUCCAGAUAGUAACCUUAUCAAAGAAAUCAGCAAUAGUUCAAUCAGUAAUAAUAAUAACAAUAAUAAUACCAACAACAACAAUAGUGGUACACCAAUAGUCUCAAGGACAAAUUCCAAUAUAAGUACCAGUAAUAACAGUUUUAUUAAUAAUAACGUUUUAUCUAAAACAACAACCGGGACAUCAUUUUCAAUGAAUACUACAAAUACCAUUGACAUUGAAGAUUUAAUUCAACGAUUAUUAGAUGCUGGGUAUAGUGGGAAGAGGACCAAGAAUGUAUGUCUUAAGAACAAUGAAAUUCAACUCAUUUGUUCAACUGCAAGAGAAAUCUUUUUGAGUCAACCAUCAUUAUUAGAAUUAUCACCUCCUGUUAAAGUAGUUGGUGAUGUUCAUGGUCAAUACGGUGAUUUAAUUAGAAUAUUUACCAAAUGUGGAUUUCCUCCACAAACAAAUUAUUUAUUCUUGGGUGAUUAUGUUGAUAGAGGUAAGCAAUCCUUAGAAACCAUCUUAUUACUAUUAUGUUAUAAGAUCAAAUAUCCGGAGAAUUUCUUUUUAUUAAGAGGUAAUCAUGAGUGUGCUAAUGUUACAAGAGUUUAUGGUUUUUACGAUGAAUGUAAGAGAAGAUGUAAUAUUAAAACUUGGAAAUUAUUUAUUGAUACAUUCAAUACUUUACCAAUAGCUGCCAUUGUUGCAGGAAAAAUCUUCUGUGUACAUGGUGGAUUAUCACCAGUAUUACAUUCAAUGGAUGAGAUCAGAAAUAUCGCUCGUCCAACAGAUGUACCCGAUUAUGGGUUAUUAAAUGAUUUAUUAUGGUCAGAUCCGGCCGACACAUUUAAUGAAUGGGAAGAUAAUGAACGAGGAGUUUCUUAUGUAUUCUCUAAAGUGGCUAUAAAUAAAUUCUUAUCUAAAUUUGGAUUUGAUUUAGUAUGUCGAGCUCACAUGGUGGUUGAGGAUGGUUAUGAAUUCUUUAAUGAUCGGACAUUAGUGACAGUAUUUUCAGCCCCUAAUUAUUGUGGAGAAUUCGAUAAUUGGGGUGCAGUCAUGAGUGUUAGUGAAGAAUUAUUGUGUUCGUUCGAGUUAUUGGAUCCUUUGGAUAGUGUUGCCCUUAAGCAAGUCAUGAAAAAGGGUAAACAAGAACGGAAGUCUGCCCAACUACAACAACAAUUAACAAGAUAG